AUGGGAUUUUUUUCAAGCAAUGAUCUUGGACAAGAUUUACUGAAUGGUGAUCAGAUCAGCCAAUAUAUGGGUUCUUGUGAUGAAAUUUUUGGGCAAGCUGUUGAAAAUAGACAUAUUGGAACAGGAGAAGACCACAAUGAUAUUCAAUCAGAUCUUUGGCCUCUUCUGAAUAGAAGUCCUCAUGAAUAUUUUCAUCAAGUUGAAAUUUUACCAUCACAAAAUAGUCAUACUCACCUGUUUGGUCAAGGAUUGGAAGAUUCAAGGCAUAUAAGUGAACAGGGAGGAAUAUUCACAGAUACCUUCAGGUAUUGUAACAAAGAUACAAGAUUUUCCAAUUGGGAUUACCCUGACAGGCAGAGUGAGCAAACCAACAUGAUGAUGACAUCAAAUGAAGAUGGUGCAUGCAUACAAAACACUUUAGGAGUGAAUCAACAGGAUAUCUCAAAACUUGCAGGAAAAACAACUGAUGAAUCCCAGUAUGGAAGAUACCCAAACAACAUAUUUGAAGGUUUUCAAACCGUUUCACCACAUUUCCUGACUCCAACAUCUCAUUCUAAUAGGUGUAUACCUUUUUCUGAUGAAAUAAUAUCUCAUGAGGCUGAAACGUCCAAAGGUACCAAAGGAUCUCCAAACAAGGGUGAAUCGAGGUUCUCUGAUAGCUGUGCAGGAAGCUUGUCAAUAGAGGAUUACCCAAUAUCAGACUUUGAAAUUCAAGGUUUUGCAUUUCAGCAAGGUGGUGAGUUUGAUUCAGCAGGGACACACUUGGAGGGAAUAAAUAGCAAUAUGAACAAGGAAAUCAAUAACCCAAAACACUCUUAUGCUCCAGAAAAAUUAUCUCCUGAGCUACCCCUACUCAAUCCCCCCACUGAACUUCAAUAUUCAUCCUAUUCAAGUAUCCUGCCUGAAGUCAUGAGCCCAAGAAGGCUUGACUGUAGUAGAUUGUUUGAAAGGAAAAACUGCCUCAAUGCAUACAACUCUCUUUUAGAACAAGAUGUGACAAGUUCUUUUCCCGCAAAUCAAGGUCAACAUACUGCAAGCCAAAUCCCAGCACAUACUACACUUGGCCUGCCUGUGACAUCUCAUCUCAUAGCAACACCAAACUUUAAAGAUCCAGGAGCCUCAAACUCAGGCAAGGAGCAGAUCACCAACCCAGAAAAUGAAAUACCAGGUUUAGUCCAGGAAGACCUGCUGAUAGACAACCCAUCCAACAUUUGGGGUGACCAUAUCAACAAUGUUAUGGGCUGGCAAUUCUUACCAAAUAUCCACCACAGCUCUGGCACAUCGAAUACUCCUUCUUCCAAAGGGGAUGAUUAUGAGCACUCUAGCCUGGACCUACAUAGUUCAAACAAUCAAGGAAGUACAUCAGCUUGGUUCACACAAAGUUUUGAGCCUUCCUUACUUGAUAUGGAAGAAAGUGGCAAAUUUUUUGAUAAGUCAUGGAAGAAUGGGAAUGGUAAGAGGUUGCCUUUUUGUUUGACUACCCAAAACAUACCGGAAACAUAUCAAGAACAUAGCAUGCAGAAAAAAUUGAUGACUGAGAUGGACUUUAACCUGAUAGACAGUUUCAUAUCAAAACAAAGGCAAGGUUACCACAGUGGGGAAGGCUCAGUCACAGAACAUGUAACUACUUCAAUGCAAGAUCCACCUCAUUGCUGUAAUCAUCAUGAAGAUUAUGACACAAUAGAGGUGAAUGGCAUCUGUACAAGACACUCACUACCCACAGCUUCCAAUCCAGCAACCCACCCCUCCUCAACCUCAAGGCUAGAUAAGAUUUACCCAUUGGAUUCUAAGAAUAAUUCAAAAGAGAUGUUUGUCUCCAGUGGCAAUGUGAUAAUGGGAGGGUGUAUCCUGGAGGAAAAUGAUGGUAAGCUCACAAAAAAGAAUUCUCGUAAAGAACCCAACACAGACAUUUACCGAAAGCAGAUAAGAUCAGAAUUUGAUACCAAAGCUGAGGAACCUGUGGAACCCUUCAUGAUAAAACUGGACCACUUUUUGGAAGCCGAGAUGAAACCUAGGGGAUGGACAUCGAGAAAUGAGCAAAUCUUGACUAGAAGAUUCAAACUUUUGACACACGAGUUCAUGUUAAUGCUAGCAAAGGCCCAGUUGAAUUAUGUUUGCAACCGAGACGAGGUGGAUUCAACUCUAGUGGAAGGUUACAAUUGGUUGAUAGAUAUAUGGAGAACUAUUCCAGUCGAAACAGUCAAAUUUAAGGAUUUUCCCCAAGUAAUAGAAUGCAACAAGGCUUUCUAUCCUAAUACUAUUGAAUAUACUAUGUCUCUUAGGCUUCUCAAAGAUGAUAUAUUUGAUUUCAACCAACAACGAUUUAGUGCGUGCUGGAAAUAA